AUGGCGGACUGGGCAGAUUGGGUCGAGCUCGCGGACCCGCCAGCCACGCCCGAGAGCCGGGCGACGUGCCCCAUCUGCAUGGACACGCUCGGGAAGCCCAUCAACACACGCGUCAAGGACCGCGCGGCCCCCGUCACGUGCUGCGCCAUGCAGUGCAGGCGAGAGACCCGUCCGAGCCACGUCGCGGCCGUCAUCGUGCCCGAGCUCUUUGAGCAGUUUAGCCAGCUCGUGACGGUCAAGGCCAUGGAAGGCGAAAGCUUCUACUGCCCCAUGAAGGAGUGCAGUGAAGUGGUCCUCAAGCCUGCGAUCCGAGCGGGGCAAGAGCAGACGUCGUGCCCCAUCUGCGGGACCGCAGUCAAGUGGGUUGGCACGACGGUCUCACGUGCGACGCGUACAAGCGCAUGGUCGACCGGCGGCGACCACGAGCGAGCUCAGCUCAUGACGCUCAAGAUGGGCUGGAAGCAGUGUCCCAAGUGCUGCGUGCUUGUCGAGCGCUCCAUGGGCUGCAACUUUAUGCGCUGCAAGUGGUACGUGCGCUCAUCAUUAUCAACCCUCUUCACCUCACACGCGUUCUGA